AUGUUGCAAUACUUGGCGCUAAUCUGGCUAACGCUGUGUGGCUUGGCUCAGGCUCAAAGUGAAUGCUCGCGUUGUCCGCGCAGUUCCAGCGACUUGAUGCAGUACUUUCAGCUCAUACCUGUGCGUCUGUACAGCUCGGAGCAGCUGGAAUUAACUCGCCACACGCGUCAGCAGCAAAUUGUGCAGAAUAUCAAGCUAGAGAAUAAUUUUGGCGCACCAGGCGCUGGCUUUGGUAGCGCUCCCUCCUUUGGCAGACCAUCAUUUGGAGGCGGACCUUCAUUUGGAGGCAGACCUUCCUUUGGUCCUCGACCAUUUGGCGGUCGCGGCGGCGGCUUUAGAGGCGACUUUGAAGCUGGCUUUGGCGGUGGCUUCCGCGGUGGCUUUGGACGCAGUUACGAAGCGGAGCCGGCUCCAGCAGCACCCAAGACUUCCAAUUGCAACAGCGCUUAUAGUCCACAGACACAGAUACCAGUGCCGCCUUGUGCGCAGAGUUUUAUGAUAUCAUGCGAAGCAGUGCUGAAGCCAAUGCCUUGUGCAGCGCCAGCUGCUAAUUAUGGCUACUAA